UGCUCUUAGUUCUCAAUGUUGCAGAGCAUGGAGAUAGAAAUUACAGUCCAAAACCUCGAAACACCCCCUUCACCUAUCCAUGACAGUUCAAGUAAUAGUAGUAUUACUGACAACUUUUUCACUUGCGAAAUCUGUAUCGAGCCAGUUCUUGAAAACCAGAAAUUUAUGAACAUGGAGAUGGAUGGAUGCCUUCACCCUUACUGUACUGACUGCAUCGUCAAGUACAUCGAAGUAAAAGUUAUACACGACAACAUUGCGGAAAUAAAAUGUCCUAAUAGCAAUUGCACUGAUUUCUUCAACGCUUUAUCUUGUCGCUCCAUUCUCCCCACAUUCGUGUUCGAGAAAUGGUGUCGUGUACUUUGUGAAUCAGUUGUAUUAAUGGAAUCAUCAAAAGGCGGGUUUGCCUAUGGGAGAUCUUAUUGCCCUUUUCGUGAAUGUAGCGAAUUAGUUUUAAACGAGUGUGCCAUGACAAUUGCAUUUUCAAGUACUUCAACUAGUGCGACCAUUAGAAAAUCAACCUGUCCAAAUUGCAAGAAGAUAUUCUGUUUUCACUGUAUGGUUCCAUGGAAGGAAAAUCAUAGAUGUCAUAGAAGAGGGAAUCUGGUAAAUGACGUCGAUAGAAACGAUCUUCUGUUCCUGGAGACUGCUAGACAACAGAAAUGGACUCGAUGUCCAAAUUGCAGCUGUUACGUGGAACGUAAACGUGGGUGUUCCUUAAUGACUUGCAGAUGUAAAGCCACAUUUUGUUAUCGGUGUGGAUGCAAGAUUUGUAUAUGCAGAGUAAAAACAAGCUGUUGCAGGACAAUACUUGUGUUCGGUUCCAUGUGCUUUGCUUAUUUGGGUGUUGUUUUUAUGGUGCUUUACAUGUAUCACUUUGGGUAUGCUCCUAGAAAGAGAUGGUGAGGUUCCUGAGGCGGUCACAUUAUAUGCAUAUUGGCCACUCGGCAGCGUCAACUGAUUUAUGAUCCAUCUAUCUAUCUAAUGUUUGAUUAAUAAUCAACAAAUUAUGUUAUCUUUUUCUUCUAAUGGCUGUAUGUAAUUUCUUAGUGUCUGGGUACUGUGCAUUGUCUAUUUUGUGGCGGUUUAGCACC